CCGAAUUGGAAAGUCGGCAACGGGCACCUGAAGAUCCACCUCGGCGGGCCUCUACUUCGGCACAAGUCUAUCUGGAAGCUGAUUCUCCCCUUACUCCGGAACUCACUUCGGAACCCGUUCCUGGAAAAGUUAAGGUUCCCCAGAUCGGGCUAUAUGAUGGAACAUCUGACCCGGACUCACACCUCGGUCAUUACACUUCAUGGAUGGAUCUGCAUGGGGCCUCAGACGCACUUCGGUGUCGAAUGUUUUCACUAACACUGGGGCCUCGGGCCCAAAAAUGGUACCAUUCGCUUCCUCCUCAUUCAAUCUGGAAGUGGCAACAAUUAAGGUCGGCUUUCAGAUCUCACUUUAUCGGGGCCCAUGUAUGCCUUAUCCCGAAAGAGUCUCUUGCCAAUAUCACUCAAAAAGAUGAUGAAAGCGUUAAAGAUUAUAUUGCCCGUUUCAAUGACCGAGUUCAGAAUAUGGAACCUUGCCAUCCCGAAACUUUGCUUGUUAUGGCUAUUGCUGGAUUGAAGCCAAAUUCGAUUUUCCGCUGGACGUUAUGCCAAAACAAACCGAAUACUUUUCAAGAAUUUCUCGCUCGAGCCCAGCAGCAUAUCAUAGCGGAAGAAGCCAUGUCGGUUCCCGGUUUCAACUUUAACUCGAAGUCCUCUAAGGCGGGAACCGACGAAAAAAGGAAGAAUAAAUUUUUCGACAAGCAAAAUAAGACUCAAUUCAGGGGGCCUCCCCGAGGAGACCCCAACGAUCCUGAAGUCCGAGCGGCCCGAAAACAGUACGCGAACGACGUGAAGUCCGGUUACCAAACUGUGUACUCGGCGGGAGCAGCUACUAUUUAUGAAGAAAUCAAAGGGAAGGGAAUUUUGCCAGAUCCCAAGCCACUUCGGAUGCCUGAAGAAAAACUGGAUAAGUCCCGAUAUUGCGAUUAUCACAAGUCGCCCGGGCACAACACGGAAGAGUGUUUGAGUUUGUUGGCUGCAUUGUUGCGUUUAAUCGGCCAUCCGCAGCUUAGGAAAUUUUAUCGUAAUACUGAUUCCCAGAGGCGAGGUCCUGGACGUCAGGUCGAAUCCUUCGAUGAUGAAGACGACGAGGAAGACCGGGGUGCUAUGACAAAACGCAUCCGACAGGGAGACAAGAAAGUAUUCAUGUUUACCUCGGAGACUUCCGAUUCUAACCCUGCUGAAAUUUCCCGAGGACGUAAGCGAGAUAGGUCUCCUGAACCAAUGCGAAUCGCUGUCCAUCGGGUCAAUACCAACAACUCCCGGAGUACAUUGUCCCGCCGACAGGUCAAGGCGUAUGCCCGACAAGCUCACAACUCCGGUAAACAGUUGUACACCACCGAUUUGAGAGAUGUUCUCAACAAUCGGAAUUGCCCUAUAACCUUCAAUAUGGAGGACGCGAAUCAUUUUGCUCAUCCUCAUUCCGACGCCCUGGUCAUUACCGUUCCAAUAUGUGGUAUCCCGAAUUCUGAUGUUUUUGCCUGGAAGCACGAGGAUAUGAAGGGCAUCGACCCCGGUGUCGCUAGCCACAAACUAAACCUCGAUCGAACAGUCCGGCCUGUUGUGCAAAAGAGAAGGAAACUAGGGCCGGAUCGUCAGAAGGCAUUGGAAGAAGAAGUCAAAAAACUCGUCGACAAUAAAUUCAUCACGGAAGCCAAAUAUCCGACGUGGGUCUCAAAUCCUGUUCUUGUUAAGAAAAGCAACGGGUUGUGGAGAUUGUGUAUUGAUUUUUCCGACCUCAACAAGGCGUGCCCAAAAGACAGUUAUCCACUUCCCCAUAUAGAUUAUAUGGUUGACGCCACGUCGGGACAUGAGUUGAUGAGUUUUAUGGACGCCUACUCCAGUUACAACCAGAUUCCUAUGGACCCCGAGGACUCUGAACACACUUCAUUCUAUUCGGCCAGAGGUUUGUAUUGUUACACUAUGAUGCCGUUCGGAUUAAAGAACGCCGGAGCCACAUAUCAACGUCUUGUCAACAAAAUGUUCGCAACAUUGAUCGGACACACUAUGGAAGUUUAUGUUGAUGACACGCUCGUCAAGUCGGUGCACGCCUUUGAUCAUAUAACGCAUCUUCGAGACAUGUUCGCCAUCCUCCGAUCUUAUUCCAUGGUACUGAAUCCUAAGAAAUUCACUUUUGGAGUUGAAUCCGGAAAGUUUCUGGGCUAUAUGGUUAGCCAGCGCGGGAUUGAAGCCAAUCCGGCCAAAAUAAAGGCCAUUCGGGAUCUAACUCCCCCAACCUCGGUCAAGGGUGUUCAAGCCCUAACUGGCCGACUUGCUGCACUCAACCGGUUCAUCUCCAAGUCUACAGAUCGUUGUAAGCCUUUUUUUGAAGCAAUCAAGAAAGGGAAACGUUUUGAAUGGACCGAAGAAUGCCAAAAAGCUCUUGACAGUAUCAAGGAGACGCUGAUCUCUCCCCCGACUUUGCAAAAGCCGAAACCCGAGGAAAUGUUGUUCUUGUACCUCGGAGUUAGCGAAUCUGCCAUUAGCGCUGUAUUGAUACGCGAAGAGGGGUUGCUGCAAUCACCCAUCUAUUACGUCAGCAAGGCCUUGCACGAUGCCGAAAUACGUUAUCCUCCGAUGGAGAAGUUGGCAUUUGCCCUUGUGAUUGCAACCCGGAAAUUACGACCAUACUUCCAAGAGCAUUCUAUAACUGUUCGCACUUCGUAUCCACUUCGGCAGAUCUUGCACCGACCUGACACCUCAGGACGCAUGGUUAAAUGGGCCAUUGAGCUCGGACAAUUCGAUAUCCACUACCAACCGAGAACCGCAAUCAAGGCUCAAGCCUUAUCCGACUUUAUCGCCGAGUUUACCCCGGCCAUCGCAGUUCAUUAUAAUAAUCAACCAUGGGUCCUCUAUAUCGACGGCUCUUCAACAGCCAACCGCGCAGGUGCAGGGAUAGUCUUAGCUGAUCCAGAGAAUCGGUUAUUCU